GAAUAUAUUAUUGGCGGUAAAGGUUGUGUGUAAAGUAGAAAUCAUGGAUACAGAACUCCCAUUAAGCCGCAUUAGGACAAUUAUGAAGAGUUCCUUGAAUACUGGGCAAAUAACAAAUGAAGUACUUUUCCUUAUGACGAAAUCUACGGAAAUGUUCAUACAAAAACUAACAGAGGAAGCUUAUGGUAGAGUGAAGGAUGAUAACACACUUAAAUAUAAACAUUUAUCGCAAUAUGUGCAAAAAGAGAAGAAUUUAGAAUUCUUGUUGCAAAUUGUUCCGGCCAAAAUUAAAGUUAAAGAUUUCAAAAAUAUACUGGAAUUGGGAGAUGGAAACUCAUCAUCAGAGAGUGAGGAUGAAAGACAGAUCAAGUAAUUUCGCUGAAGCUGAAUAAGGAUGAAAAUAUUUUUAAUAUUUAAUUUAUAAAUGUAUAAUAAGAGACAGUGUAGUUUUAUAAUUAAUAUACCGGCAGAUAUGUAAUUAUACUUUUAUACUCGGAAUGUCAUUCAA